ACCAUACCUCCACCCUUGCUACCCCCAAAGGCCUGUGCUGGGCAUGUCUGGUUCCACUCCUGACGGAAAGUUAGUCUAACCCGUCCUAAAUUAACCCUGCAUCACCUCCCCUCCGCCUGACCAUCCCCGCUUUCACCCCGCGGAAUUUCCAUACACACUGCAUUACCCCAUCCUCGGGCCCGGCCUCUUUUACCUCCUUCUCUCUUGCCCGUCCUUCACCUCAAUUCACGCCUCACCAACAAUGGCCUCAGCAAGGCUCGUUCCCACCGCCCGUAGCCGGGCACUCUCGCUGCUUCAUACUAUUCAAUACACCCAUCCGCCCGCUUGCCCUUGUCACGGAACAGUCACUCACCCGCAUCAUCUCGCUGGGUCUGCAUCACUACUUGAUAGAGUGCGGUCACUGGCCACCCCUAGCGGCUCGCAGAGAGAAUAUGCCUUUGAAAUUGCUGCCUCUAAUAUUCGAUUUGGAGCAGGAAGCACCCGGGAAGUUGGAAUGGACUUCGCAAAUCUCAAGGCGAAGAAGGUCGUCAUUAUUACUGACAAGACGAUCCAACAACUAGCCCCUAUGAAGACUACGAUUUCAGCGCUAGAAAGCGCCGGGGUCAAGUAUGAUAUCUUCUCUGACGUAAUGGUGGAACCGAAGGAUUACUCUGUGAAGAAGGCAAUCGAGUUUGGCAAGAACGCCAAAGGGGAUGCCUACUUGGCUGUCGGCGGUGGAAGUGUGAUGGACACUGCAAAGAUGGUGAAUUUGUAUACCAAUUUCCCCGAGGCGGAUUUUCUUGACUUUGUCGGUCACACCCUUCCCCCUUCCUUUUCUGCGCCUGAACACUGACCCGGAUAGGUAAACGCACCAAUCGGAAAAGGGUUACCAAUCACCAAAGCUCUGAGCCCUUUAAUCUGCAUCCCGACCACGGCCGGAACUGGCAGCGAAACCACCGGUACUGCAAUCUUGUGAGUUCCCUUGCGUCCAGCUUCGCUCCUUUCUAAUCAACCAGCGACCUUGUCGACAAAAAAGCUAAAACCGGUAUCGCCCACCGGAUGCUCAAGCCUACCCUCGGAAUCUGUGACCCGCUCAACACAUGCUCCAUGCCUGCUGCGGUCCAGGUCUCUUCUGGCUUGGAUGUGCUCUGCCACGCUCUUGAAUCCUAUACAGCCAUCCCAUACAAUGAGCGUGUACCCCGUCCAACAAACCCGGUUCUGCGCCCGGCAUACCAGGGCGCGAACCCCAUUAGCGAUGUUUUCUCCUUUGCAGCAUUGCAAAUGACAGUAAAGUACUUGCCUAGGGCAGCUCGAGAUCCAGAUGAUCGGGAGGCCCAGAGCCAGAUGCUGCUUGCUGCCGCGUUGGCGGGUCUCGGAUUCGGGAAUGCGGGUGUCCACCUGUGCCAUGGGAUGAGUUAUCCAAUAUCCGGUGGGAAUAAGGGUUAUAAGCAUCUCGGGUACCAGGUUGAUCACCCGCUUAUUCCGCACGGAGUAUGCUCACCGUUUCCCCCAUGAACCUAGCUUUAUUGACUACAGGUCCAGGUAAGUGUGGCCGUAACUGCGCCGGCAGUGUUCCAAUUCACGGCUCCCUCGAACCCAGAACGGCAUCUGGCUGCGGCGGAAGUCUUCGGAGUUGAUGUAUCUAACAUCCGUGUUGAGGAUGCCGGUAAGGUUUUGAGUAACGCCCUUAAGGAAUUCUUGUAUAAGCUGGGAGAUCAACCAAUGGGUAUUAAAGAGCUCGGUUACACCCGUGCCGAUAUUCAACAAUUGGUCGAAGGAACUAUACCGCAGCAUAGGGUGCUGAUGUUGGCGCCCAAUCUAGACGAGGAUCUGGAUCGGCAGAGAGGCGAGUUGAUUAAAUUAUUCGAGGACAGCUUGGAGUACUAG